AUGGAGGUUAGAGAUCCAAAAAGGACAGGUAGAGUAUGGCUUGGAACUUUUAAUACAGUAGAGGAUGCAACUCGAGCUUAUGAUAAAGCUGCUAUUGAAUUUAGAGGUCCUAGAGCUAAGCUUAAUUUCUCAUUUGCUGAUUACACAUCAAUUCAACAGCACAAUACUAUCACUUCAAUAUCUUGUUCAAAGCAGCAACAACAAGAGCCGGUACAGUUAGAGCAGAGAAAUAAAACAGAUGCUGGUAUUGGAAAAGAAGAAGAAUUCUGGGAUCAAUUAAUGAAAUGGGAUAAUGAGAUUCAAGAAUGCUUGAACAUGAUGGAUUUCAAUGGCCAUUCUUCAGAUUCUGCUGGGAAUUUGGAGGGAGUAUUGCUCAUAGCUUCUGAUGAUCACUUUCAAUUAAACAAGAAUUGA